CUCCUUCUCUGGCACUCGUGUUCCACUUGCACGCGCUCUUAGUCUCCCACUUUGCAAUUUUGCAUCUCAUCUUAUUAACUAAUAAUGACAUUUAAUUUAGGCGUGGAGCGAGCUAGCUAGCUCCAUUAGGAAUCCGGGAGGAGAGAUUGCAAUAUGCAUGCUUCUCUCCUCUUUCAUUCAAACACCUGUCCCCUGAUUAUCUUCUUCCCCCUUUACUCUUUUAUUUUUUGUUCAAUCACAUUCAAUCUUAAAAUUGCAUUGGUCAUCCCCUAAUCCAGAACUAGAACUCCACUUUCCCUUUGCUAACUCAAUUUAAGAAUGAAAGAUCCGGACAAGAUAAUUUGGGAACACGCUAGGAGUCCCAAAUCCGGCACCCCUCUAGGUGGCGCCGCCGCCUCACAGCACAGAACAUUGCCCAAGCUUCUGGUUCUGCUUAUCCUCUUCGUUUCAGUCACCUACGUCGUCUACACACUCAAGCUCCUCACCACCUCACGUGACUGUCACGAGCCCCCAUUUUCCACCCACACCCACAUCCUCUCAGGAAUAGGACUAACCGCAAUCCCCACCAUCAAUGCCACCGCCUCCACCCUCAGGCUCUUGAACCGCACUUCCGCCGUCACUCGCCGCGAAUCUCGGGAAACCGCCACCGACCAGACACAGCUCCGCCACGUUGUCUUCGGAAUCGCGGCCUCGUCGAAGCUCUGGCAGAAGAGGAAGAACUACAUCAAGCUAUGGUACAAGGCGAGCGAGAUGCGCGGCGUGGUGUGGCUGGACAACAAGGUUAGCUCCGGCGGGAUGGGAGAGGGGCUGCCGCCGGUGAGAAUCUCGGGCGACACUUCGAAGUUCUCGUACACGAACAAGCAGGGACACCGUUCGGCGAUCAGGAUCUCGCGGAUCGUGUCGGAGACGCUGGCGCUGGGAAUGGAGAACGUGCGGUGGUUCGUGAUGGGCGACGACGACACCGUUUUCGUGACGGAGAAUCUAAUUAGGGUUCUGAGGAAGUACGAUCACAACCAGUUCUACUACAUUGGGAGCUUAUCGGAGAGCCACCUUCAGAACAUAUACUUCUCUUACGGCAUGGCCUACGGCGGCGGAGGGUUCGCCAUCAGCUACCCUCUGGCCAAGGCCCUCCAGACAAUGCAGGACCGCUGCAUUCAGAGGUACCCUGGUUUGUACGGCUCCGAUGACCGGAUGCAGGCUUGCAUGGCUGAACUCGGUGUUCCACUCACCAAGGAGGCCGGGUUUCACCAGUAUGAUGUGUAUGGAAACUUGUUCGGGCUCCUUGCAGCUCAUCCCGUGACUCCAUUGGUGUCCCUGCACCACCUUGAUGUGGUUGAGCCCAUCUUCCCCAAUGUGAGUCGCGUAGAAGCCCUUCAACGGCUUACGGUACCAAUGAAGCUUGACUCAGCAGGCCUCAUGCAGCAAUCCAUCUGCUACGACAAAUCAAAGAGCUGGACCAUUUCCGUUUCAUGGGGUUUCGCGGUUCAGAUAUUCCGCGGCGUGUUUUCGCCCCGCGAGAUGGAAAUGCCUUCAAGAACAUUCUUGAAUUGGUAUAGAAGAGCAGAUUACACGGCAUAUGCAUUUAACACGCGUCCAGUUAGCAGACACCCAUGCCAGAAGCCUUUUGUGUUUUACCUGUCAAAAGCAAGAUUGAAUUCCACAACACAACAGACACUGACCGAAUAUGAGAGGCAUCGCAUUCCUCAUCCUGAAUGCCGCUGGAAGAUGGCUAAUCCCGCUUUUCUCGACAGAGUGGAGGUAUAUAAGAAGCCAGAUCCACAUCUAUGGGAUAGAGCUCCAAGGAGGAACUGUUGCAGAGUAGUCAAGUCUUCUAAGAAGAAGAAAGGGACAAUGGUGAUACAUGUGGGUGUGUGUGGGGAAGGUGAGGUAAGCGAAGCAUAGUUCUGCCGUGUGGCUCACGCACUCAUAUACUAUAUAGUAUUUAAAUUCUCUCAUUGGGUGGCAAGAUCUCACGUGAAAUUUUUUAGUUUUUUCCACCCCUUCACUGAUUGGGAAAAGCAGGAAACUUUGUACAAAGAGAAGAGUUUUGUUGUUUAAACAACAAUGCGCACCAGCGAAUGGGGGAGGGAGAUGUUUUAUUUGUAAUUUAUAAUUUGAUUAUUGUUGUUA